GGAGUGACCUGGCCAGCAACAUGUCACACUGGACCAUGAUGGUGGAGGACGGCCCCGUGCGGGUUAAUCACGCGGCCGUCGUGAUCGAGGACACCAUCCUGUCGUUCGGUGGCUACUGCGCCACGGACUUCGACCCGCACAACCCCGACAAGGCCAUGGACAUUCACGCCUUUUCCACCACCAGCCUGCAGUGGACGCGGCAGCCAGUGCCAGAGUACCGGCCGGCCGACCCGGCCAGUCCGCCCUUCCUGCGGUACGGCCACACAGCCACCGAGUACUCCGGCGCCGCCUACAUCUUCGGCGGACGGAACGAGGCAUCCGUCUGCAACCACCUGUACCGCUUCGACCCCUACGUCGACAAGUGGAGCAGGAUCAGCCACGGCGGCCGGGUGCCGAACGCCCGCGACGGUCACGCCGCCACCCGCUGCGGCCACUGCCUCUACGUUCACGGCGGCUACGACAACGACAUGGAGGAGUUCUCGUGCGAUCUGUUCCGCUACGACUUCCGCGAGGGCCUCUGGCACUGCUGCGCGCCCUGCAACCGCUGGCCGGGCAUGCACCGCGACUUUCACGCGCUCUCGGCAGUGCACGACAGGCUCUACCUGUUCGGCGGCAAGUCGGACGAGCUGGAGCCGUAUUACAGCAACCGGCCGGUGUACGACAAUCACCUGUACGUGUACGAGCCGGCCAUGGACCGCUGGGAGCGGCGGGAGGCCAAGGGCGAGGCGCCCGGCGGACGCAGGAGUCACUCGGCCUUCGUGAUCGACGAGAAGCUGUAUACGUUCGGCGGCUUUAACUGCGUGGCCGGCGAGCACUACAACUCGGUGCACCAGUACGACCCGAGCGAGAACCGGUGGCGGCUGCUGCGGCCGCACGGCCGGCCGCCGCCCGUCCGUCGGCGCGCUGUCGCCUGCGUCCACGACCGCAAGGCCUACAUCUUCGGCGGCACCAGUCCGCUGAUUGGCUCGCCGAUCCCGCCGAUGCACCCGGACGACGACGAGGAGCCGCAGGAGUCGCUCAUCGACCACAGCGACCUGCACGUGCUCGAGAUCUGUCCGCCGCUGCGCACCCUCUCCAUGAACCAGGUGAUGAGAAGCAAGCUGCCGAUCCGGCCACUGCCGGUGUCAAUCAGGCGGGAGGUGGACCACCUGCGCUGCUCGCGCUGCAUGUUCAGCCGCAAGCGAUACGGCAUGCAGUGGCCCUGCUCGCCGUCCGGACUGGCGGCCGAGCCGCAGCCCGAUUACCACUGACGUCACCCGGCCGGCCGGCGCCGCCGCGCCCGGCGCAGCGGCGCCUGGGCAGCCUCUGGGCGCCUGUGAGCGGGCUCCGGCUCCCUGGCUGUCCCGGUCGGCGGCGGCGGGGAUUGGCAUCAGUCCUGCCUCUGGCCACGCUGGGCUGGCUGCAGCGCCGACUCCCGCAGUCGGCCAGCUGGCGGGGACGGGCGCCGUGUCGCGCCUGUCUGGCCGGCCGGCGGCGGCGCCGGUGACACAGUCGACGGAUGGCGGCGUCCUCGUCCCGCAUCAGCCGCUGCUGAGCCGAUGGCUUCUCUGCAGGGGCAGCUGGUGGUCCGCCAGCCGAGCCUGCCGCCUGGACUGCGACUCGCCGCGGCCCCCGACUCCGCUGCUACUCUAUCCUAGGCCAAUUCAGGUGGCGUGUGGUUUUCUCCGGCAGCCAUGACAGGUCUGCUGGAGCUGGGGGUGGAGACACCAGCACUCCGGGUUGCGGGGACAGGUGCCUCCACUGCCGGUUUGGGUUUGCUCGACUUGAUUGUGAUCUUAGUGUGUGGCACGUGCCUCGGUGCAGUUUCUCGUCGCCACAGCGGCACGGGUUUCUUCGGGGUGAUCGUGCACUGCGCAGCUAGGUGUGGUUGUUUCAUGGUAUGGCGCCAGCAGGUGGCAGCCGGCCACCCGCCACCACUAGGUCUGUUCACGCCAACACUAUUACGCUGGAGCGCAACUAGCGAAACCCGGAGCUGGUUGGCUAUCAAAAUAGCCGUACAUUUUCACAACGGAGCCGCUUGCUUUUUUCAUGUGGCUACUUGUCGUUUUACGUUUUUCCUUUAUUGUUUGGCCCAUAGGACCAAGCCCUCAAACGCGAAAUGAUGAAUUGGUACAUGAAAAACAAAAGCGCUUCCGUCAUAAAACUCCGUUUGUUUUUCUUUUUUGCUACGCCUGACAACAGGCGAUGGGUUCCGCGCCGGUUUAUCCUUUUCUUCGUGCAUUUCAUAUUUGGUGGCAGGGUCGUUCCCUGUCGGAUAAUGCUAACAUGACAAUAGUCAUUAUGUCGCCUCUCGCCGGCCAGCUCCGCCUGAGGCCGCUCGGCGUCAGGCGGGGUGAUAUUGCCCACGUCAGGUCCGGCCCGGCGGGGGCGGAGUGGCUCGGAUCUCCCCCACCUUCGGCCUCUCCUACCGGGGACGCCUCCAGUCCCGCGUCCCCACCGCCUCAGGGGGCUGGGACCGGGCGGUUCUGUUCAUUGUUUGUUAUUCUGUUUGUUCGCCAAGCGUCGUAUGAUUUCGGUGGGCUGGGGGAGGCCGGUUGGCGCAAUAGGAUGCGUUGCGCGACGGGCGCGGCUCCUCCGCGGGGUGUGGGGCCGGGCGUCCCUCUUCUCUGCUGCGUCCGAUCGGCAGGGGCGUCGGCCCUGGUCGCCACUUUGGCAGGGCGUUCCUGCGGUAUACGGAACCGCAUAUCCGUGCACAGGCGACGGUGUGGGGCUGCUCAAGCGGGGAGAUGCUGACGCCCGGCAGGUGUUGCGUUGUUCUUUGUGCUGCCCGACGACGGCAACGGGCAAGCGGAGCCGCUUCGAGGUGCUUGGCUAGCGGCGGGCGGUGUUAGACAGUUUGCUGGGGCAUGUCUCGGCGUUUGGUAGGACACGUAGGGUCGCGUGGCGUCAUUUGUGCGGCCCCGGCGUCGGCCCAGCGGAGAGGAGCGGCCGAGCUGCCUUCAAGAGUCGCCGUCCCGUGCCUUAGCCGUCGAUGUCGCAGCUGCCAUGUGCGCCGCGGGGCUCGUGGGACUCCCGGACGGUCCAGUAGCGUCAUCAGGGAUGUCACCGUGCGGGCAUUUGUGUUUCGCCUCGCCUUGAAGUCGACAUGGCCUCGUGUCUGCGCGUGCCAAUAAAUAUCUGUGUUUCUAGCUUUACUCUGCACUCACAUGGCAUUUCAGUGGUUGUAUUGUUUGUUUUCAGGUAGCGAUAUCAGGUGCUUUAAUAUUAUCGCGCGGACAUACAGCAUAACUGGCAGUUGCGUGGCUCCGGGGGUGUUGAACACCGCAAUCCGGUGGCGAUGAAGCCGGGUCGUGGCAGUAUCUGUUGCAUGUGUUUCACUGUGGGUGGUCGCGUCCGCCGACAGCGUACGUGGCGCUCGACUCUUGACUCGCUGCUCGGACACUGCGGCGGACCUGUGCUGGUGAUGACGGUGACUUGUGCUCGGUUGAGCCGCGCGUGACGCGUGACGCCCGUCUGCCCAGUCCGUGACGCGCUGACCGUGACGCCGCGUGCAGCGCCUCCGAGUUAUCCGUAGCGUAGUGUUGGGGACUGGUUCUGCGGUGACAAUACAUACUAUGUAGAAGUUG